AUCACGAUGUUGUUUAUUCUGGUUAUAAAAAACGCUGGGUCUAUGCUGCGUUUAAAAAAAUCAGCUCCACAUACUAUGUGGACUAUUUUGAUCCUAGUAAAGUAACAGCUGGCCUUUUUAAUCUGGUAAAUGUUUUGUGUUGAAGUUUCAGUGAUAUGAUAAGGCUUGUUUAUUGCAUGAUUGCUUCUUAUCUAUGUGCACUCUCGGCCUCUGUAGCAAAUCUUCUGACUUUUAAGAUUAUACAAGACUGAUAUUCUGCCAUUCUACAUGUACAAUUUUAUGUAAUUAAAUAUUCUAGCACCAGAUAUUCCAACAUGUCCAUCUGAUCAUGUAUUUAAUAGCAGUAUUUCCUUUUAGUUUUCUUUAUUGAUGCUUCCUAUUUCAUAGCUUCAUGCCGUGUGCUUUACUCUCAAUGAGUUGAAACUUGAGCCAUCAAAAUAUUUCAUAGAUGACUGGAUGAGUCAGUCAACUGAACAGGGCAUUAUGAAACGAGAAUUUUUUGGUCUGAUGUGACAAGUGAUCACACUGAGUUCAGAACUGCAGGUAGCUUGGGAACUUCCUCCUUGCCACCUCUGUAUGUCACUGUCGCUUGCUGUUGGCUUCCUCCUCACAUGGUGUCACUGUCCCGCGUCCAUAGUCUCUUGUAUCGUAAGUCCAACGUCUGCGUGUUUCUUAUGCCACCAUACAAGGGGAUCUUUUAAACCAAGGCUUCACGGCAAACUCUGCGAAGAGGAUGGCGGCAGCGACGGAGAAGGUGUUCGUUGCGCUGCCGGCUGAGUUCAAGGCGGGGCAGUCCACGCUGUCGUGGGUUCUCAGCCAUUUCGGUAGCAGCGGAGCCACCGUUGUGAUUACACAUGUGCAUGUUCCGCCGCAGAUGAUUCCAGUGAUGGGAGUCAAAUUUCAUUCUAGUAAACUGAGCCCGGAGCAAGUGAAACUGUUCAGAAGGAUGGAACGUGAAAAGGCGAACAAACAGCUAGACGGCUAUGUUCAUCAGUGCUCGAAAAUGAAGGUAAGAUGUGAGAAACUAGUUUUUGAGAAGGAAGAUGUGGUAGCUGGUCUGGUUGAACUUAUUGGCCUGCAUAGAGUCACUAGGCUAGUUAUUUCAGCUGCUGCAGACAGGCAAUACUCAAGAAAAAUGGACAAACCUAAGUCUAGGACAGCAACAGAAAUUAUGCAGAGAGCUGAUCCGUCAUGCAAGAUUUGGUUUACUUGUAAGGGACAUCUAAUAUGUACCAGGGGCAAGGAAGUGGAGCCUGCACCAUCAGCUACACCUUUGCUUCCUGAUUUUGAUCACCAAGCUCUGCAGUUAAUACCUUACCAGAAAGAGGAUGACAUUCAGUCGGAAUUGGGGUUAUAUGAUGAGCUCAAAGAGGCAUGCAUAGCAGCUGAGAACUUGAUGAAGAGAGCUCUAAACGAAUCUUCUAGGCGCCUAAAGGCAGACGACGAAGUGGUUUCAGCUCUUCAGAAAGCAAAUGAAUACCAGGAGUUGUACUUGGAGGAGGUGAGGAAGCGCGAAGAGCUUGAAGAGGCUCUUGCAAGAGCAAACUGGGAAAUCGCUCAGUUAAAACAAGCAAACCACCUGCCCAUGGAUGAGCAGAACACAUUCCCUGACGAACUCCAAGAGGCAAUGUCAGAGGAAUUGACCUUCGAAUGGCGCAUCCUCGGCAUGGAUGACGUCCUCGGAACAGCUGGUCAAGACACUGAACCACAAAAGGAGCAUGUCCGCAUACAGACUGAUCUUGACGCUGGUGGCAGAGAACUGCAGGCCCUGCUCAGCCAAAGCAAGCUGACCGCAUUCUCGCCGUCGUCGGUCAUACAGUCACCGUACGACGAAGAGUGCGUCCCUUCCUACUUCCUCUGCCCCAUCCUUCAGGAGCCCAUGAGGGACCCUCACGUUGCAGCGGACGGGUUCACGUACGAGGCCGGCGCCAUCAGAGGCUGGCUCGACGGAAGGAACGACGCGUCCCCCGUGACCGCGCACCGUGAGCUCGCGCCGAAUUUCGCGCUUGGCGCCGUGAUCCAAGACUACACGAUGAGGCGGCGGCGGCAGCACGGAUUCUCGUGACGCUGUUGCACUUCGAUUUUUGUUUCCCCACCGGUGAACUGCACUUGCUAGUGCCAGCUUCAGAUUUCGUGGCCAUAUAUACCCUUUUGCAGGCUUGUAUACAGUGUGUUAGGUGGGGGUAACCGAAUAAGACGAACAACAUAUGUGACGCUAAAAUAGCUCUGGCUUCGGUUAGGAAACCCUUAUAUUCUGUGUGUUCA